AUGGACUCCCCGUCAAAGACAGCCCAACGUCUCCUUGCUGUGCAUCCGUCGUUUCAUAAAAACGGCGACAAAUACGAGCUUUCACGCGCACGCUUCAUGCUGGGGCACACCCGUGACCCCACGCCCCCUAGACGUUCCAAAAUAAAAACCAGUGGACAAGGGGUGAGUGAGAUGAAUCAUUUCGUCACGUGCAGAAGCAUUUGGCGCUGGGCGGCCUUUAUCAGCUUGACCUACCUACUUGACGCCAUCUCUACUCUGCCUAACGAUUGUCCACCAGAUCAGCGACAGAGAACAUCGAGCCCUUCAAUAGAUGAAAAUUCUGUUAUUGUGCGGUCGACAAUUUGGUACGAUGACGGGAGUGUCGUCCUCCAGGCCGAAUGCACACAAUUUCGUGUCCACCGAACAUUGCUCUGUCAAAAUUCCACGAUAUUCACCGACAUGUUUUCAAUUCCCCAACCUUCACCGGAGGAGUCCCCAAUGGAAGGUUGUGCCCUUGUUCGCCUCCCUGACUCAGCUGAGGAAGUAGAAACCGUACUGAGGAAGUGUCCUACGUCUCCCCCACUCAGACACACGUGA